ACUAAAAGAGAAAAAAAUCAAAUAGGCGAGGAUUUAGUCACAGCACUCUAGACAAAGUAGGGAGAAGCGACCAAAAUGAAAUUUUAGUUAGUAGAAAUYCGAAGAGGGAGCAACAUAUGUGGUGUUUGUGUGUGGUAUUCGCGUGAGAUGAAUUUCUAUCCCGGUUUUUAUCCCAGCAGCUACCAAAAGAGUUAUUUGUGUGAUGGCAAGAAGAAGGAAACGAGUGCUAAAUCAGAUACGGGGUAUGCGAGUGGCGAGAGUUCGCUGGAAAGUGACGAUGAGAAAGAGUUGAAUCAUGUUUUGGAACCGCAAAAUGCCAAUUGUGGACCGAGGAAGUGUCUCGCAUGGGCUUGCAAGGCUUGUAAGAAGAAAACGGUGGCCAUCGAUAGGAGGAAAGCGGCCACUUUGAGGGAGAGGAGGAGGCUGAGGAAGGUGAACGAGGCGUUUGAGGUGCUGAAACGGCGCACUUGCAACAACCCGGGUCAAAGACUCCCCAAAGUGGAGAUCCUCCGCAGCGCCAUCGAAUAUAUCGAAUACCUCGAGGAGAUCCUCCAAGGUGCUAAAUCACCCUCCGAAACCGAAAAUAUCAUUUCAUCGGCCUCAAAUUACGUUAACUGUCCGUCGUCGCAGUUCGUGUCGGAUCGUCUUCAUCCCUUCGGUUCGCCCUUGUCGCGUCUCCCUCCAUCAAAUUCAGGCUUUGAAAGUGGCACAACUGCCUCCAGCUUGGAUUGCCUUAAUCUGAUCGUCCAGAGCAUAACGAACAAGAAAACGCCAGAGAAUGAGCCCACAUGACGACGCCCCAGAGACCACGUGAUAAUUUAUUUGACAAAUGAGUACAACCGUAUUUUUAAGCUAAUAAAAAUUU